AUGGGCAGAAAAUUCUUCGUCGGCGGUAACUGGAAAUGCAAUGGAACAACUGAAGAGGUGAAGAAGAUUGUUGGUACUUUGAACGAAGCUAAAGUCCCUGGAGAAGAUGUUGUUGAAGUUGUUGUGAGCCCCCCUUACGUGUUCCUUCCCUUCGUGAAAAGCUUACUUCGCUCUGACUUCCAUGUUGCUGCUCAAAACAGUUGGGUUCGCAAAGGUGGUGCUUAUACUGGGGAGAUUAGUGCUGAAAUGCUUGUAAAUUUGGAUAUCCCUUAUGUUAUUCUUGGGCACUCUGAGCGAAGGCAGCUUCUAAAUGAAUCAAAUGAGUUUGUGGGAGACAAAGUUGCAUAUGCACUCUCACUAGGGAGGAAAGUUAUCGCUUGCAUUGGGGAGACUCUUGAACAGCGUGAAGCUGGUACUACUCUGGAUGUUGUUUCUGAGCAAACAAAGGCAAUUGCAGACAAAGUAUCAAACUGGGACAAUGUUGUUUUGGCCUAUGAGCCAGUUUGGGCCAUUGGAACUGGAAAGGUUGCAACUCCUGCUCAGGCACAAGAGGUCCAUGCUGCUUUAAGGAAAUGGGUUCACGACAACGUGGGUGCUGAAGUUGCUGCCUCUCUAAGAAUCAUCUAUGGAGGCUCUGUAAAUGGAGGAAACAGCAAAGAAUUGGCAUCACAGCCUGACAUUGAUGGAUUUUUGGUUGGUGGUGCUUCCUUGAAGCCGGAGUUCAUUGACAUCAUCAACUCCGCGACUGUGAAGAAGAACUGA